AGAAGUUGGCCGCCCAAUCAUCCACAUUUUUGGAAAGAUGGCAUAAGAAUUGGCAAAUUCCCUCCAAAACCCCUCUGAGAAGAAACCAUGGCUUCUAGCAAGACGCUAAGAGAUUUCUUACAACCCGCCAAGCGCAUAAAGCUAUCCUCUCCUUCCGAUCAUUCAAAACCCCUAAAUCUUCACUUUUCCACAACUGCCUCCAAGUCGAUUUCCGAUUCUUCUUCCUCCGACCUCACUACCCACCAGAGAUCUCGCAUUGAGUUCAACAAACUCCGUGCUAAGUCUAAGCGAAAUCUCAAUCUCUGUUCCCAAUUAGUUUCCAAGUCCAAAACUGAAGGUGUGGGCUUUGUGAAAUUGGAGGAGCUGUUGGUGGAGGAGACCUGGUUGGAAGCUCUUCCUGGGGAAUUGCAGAAGCCUUAUGCUAGAACUCUCUGCAAAUUUCUAGAGAAUGAGAUUUGUAAUGGCAGUGUACCCAUAUAUCCGCCUCAACACAUGAUUUUCAAUGCUUUUAAUUCCACCCCAUUUGAUAAAGUCAAGGCUGUUAUCAUUGGGCAGGAUCCUUAUCAUGGCCCCGGUCAAGCAAUGGGCCUUUCCUUCUCUGUUCCUGAGGGAGUCAAGGCUCCUUCAAGUCUUGUUAACAUAUUUAAGGAACUUGAGAAAGAUCUUGGCUGUUCAAUUCCAUCUCAUGGAAAUCUAGAACCUUGGGCCGUUCAGGGCGUUCUGUUGCUCAAUACUGUUCUUACAGUUAGGAGUCGUCAAGCAAACUCCCAUGCUAAAAAAGGAUGGGAACAAUUUACGGAUUCUGUUAUCAAAACAAUUUCACAGAAGAAGGAAGGGGUUGUUUUUCUCCUGUGGGGAAACUUUGCCCAAGAGAAAUCCAGGUUAAUUGACGGGACAAAACAUUACAUUCUGAAGGCAGCACAUCCUUCUGGUUUAUCUGCAAACAAAGGCUUCUUUGGUUGCAGGCAUUUUUCUCAGACGAACAAGCUUUUGGAGAAAAUGGGAAUUCCUCCAAUAGAUUGGCAACUUUGAUUUGACAAUUAGCUACUGAUCUUCAUGUCUUUUUGUUCAGGCACACAUUUUCUGGCCUCAGAUAGAUUUCUAUCUGGUUUUGUUAUAUUGCCAUAGACUGCAAACCAUGACCUCUAUUUUUGUGUACUUGCCUAUUGCUAAAGUCCCUUGGUUCUGCUGAUGCAAAGGCUCCAUUUAAGCGGAAGAAAAACUUUAAACUUUUCUAGUUUUGUCUAUUGAAUUUCCUAUUCUUCAA